AUGUCGGCAUCAUCGUCGGGUGGUGUCGAGAAGGAUAGCAAGUAUAAGGCAUACUCGCAGGCGGUCGAUCGUGCCCUCAAAACUUUUGAGAAUUCUACAGAAUGGGCGGAUUUGAUCUCGGCGCUCGGCAAGCUCACUAAAGUUUUCAAAUCAAACGCGCAAUUCUGCGCCAUUCCCAACCAAGUCACAGUCGCCAAACGAUUAUGGCAGUGCUUACACUGGGCGCUUCCAAUGGGUGUUCACCUCAAAGCUUUAGAAACCUAUCGACAGAUUUUCGAUAUUCUCGGACCACACAAGCUGCCGGAAGUGUUGUACCUAUACGCGGGCGGUUUGUUUCCACUGAUGGAUCAUUGCGGCAUCAAGGUGAAGUCGGCGCUGUUCGCCAUAUUCGAGCAAUAUCUGGUUCCGUUGGAGACGAAUCUCCAGCCAGCGCUUCCAGAAUUCCUUGGAAGUGUUCUCUCAGCGCUCGAGGAAGGCACCGAGUUUUAUGAAAGAACGUUGACGUUGCUCGAUCGGGUUUGUGAGAAGGUGGGACCACGCGAGUUCUACGCGUCGCUGUGGAAAGCGGUUCGGAAUCAGCCGCCGGUUCGGCUACCUGCCAUGAUAUACGUGAACGCGAAAUUCGACAAGUCGAAAAGUCUUGAUGAUCAGAUUCAUGUGAUCGGCGAUCAUGUCGAUGAUAUGGUUUCUGCAUUAUGCGCCACCGCUGACGACGACGGCUCGCCGCUGGUUCAGCGAUAUCUGUUGGAUUUCCUUGUGGCCGCAUUUCCGCUGGAUAGCACGAAUUUGACCGAUAUGGAUUUUGUGCAGUUAUUACGACAAUGCUUAUUUGUUGUUUUACGACGUGAUAUGUCGUUGAAUCGACGAUUGUAUACAUGGAUUAUCAAUCGAUCAGGUGAGACAACUGGAGUGUCUGGAUUAUCGAUCGGCGGGCCCGACGAUGGCAUCGACAUGACAUUUUUCCAUGAGCGCGUCCUCAAGCUCAUCGUCAAAGCGAUUGAUGAAUACCUUGAUAUGGAUCUCAUCGAGCUGCCCGUUUCGCACAAUUCGAACACCGUCGGCGACGAACGAAAAGAAUCGAAAAAUUUGCAAUUCGCCGAAGUUCGUGUGUGCCGAUUGUUGCUCUAUCUGCAAGAUCGAGCCGACAUCGGCAAAUCGAUUCUGCUCGCUGUCUUCCCAUCAUUUCUCCGCAAAUCGGCUGAAUAUCAUCGAAAGAAUCGAGUAGAAGGUGGUGGUGGUGGUGGUGUUGUCGAGGAGAAGGUUGUUGGCGAUCGCGAAGCGCUCACACUUCAACUAAAUGCGAGCAUCUCGUCGUCGUCGACAACCGAUGCCGUUGAGAAUGAGACGAUGGUGUUGCGCCGAAGCGACGAGCUCUGUAAGACGUUCAAUAUGCUGCUCAACUCGCUGGAGCCCGGAUUUCUUUGGAGUUUUCUCGGCGAAUGGUAUGAGAAGAUUGUCGGUGGCGUCGACGGCGCGACGAUCGACGGCAUUCACGACUUCUCACAGGUGGUCUCCGUUUGCCUCGAAAUUUGCAAUGUUGAAAGCGAUGCGAAUCUGAGAAUGAGCCAUUUGCCGAAAUUGCUCGAAUGCAUUCUUCGAGGCCUUUCCUCCGUCGAACUUUUGUCGACGUGUAAACAAUCGGAUUUGUUGUCGCUGUAUACAGUAUGCCAGAAGCUUCUUCAAAUCAUUACUUCGCAUCCGCCAUCUCCUAUUGAAGUUGUCGAGCUUGCUGAUGAAACCGCUUCUAUUGAUCAGGAAACCAGGGCUAUUGAACGCGAAGGAAGCCAAGUCGAUUCUUGUCUUCAGCAAUGCGUUGCGGCCCUAUCAGCAACGUUUGACAUCUACCUUGCCGAUCGACAAGCUUCGCUGAUUCCGCUUCUCGAUGCCUCGACGUCGCUUCUUGACGCAUUCCUGACAGUCCCGAUUUAUCACGUCGGCGUCGACAAUAUUGAUGUGAAGAGCGAUGUGCCGCGUUGGCUUCAGAACAUUCUCAAGAUUAUCGAUGCCGCUGAAUGGCUCAAAGAGAUGAAGAGCGGAACGUGCGGCGAUGUCGCGGCACGCGCGUCUCUUCUCGAGCUCCUCUGCAAAGUCUACACGAAAUCGGCGUCGGUCAUUGAACAACAUGACGAGGUGAUGUCGAGACACUCGAGCGAUGCGACCAAUGGUGACGAUGAGGAUAUUAUGCGAACUGUCUUGCUGAAGCCAUUCCUCACUCGCAAUGAUCUAAUGUUCAUUGAGAAGAAGAGGGCGUUUGCGAUUUGUGCGGAAGCGGUCUGGAUCGGUGUUAGUAAAUCUUGGUGCCGAAAAGAUCAUCAACGAUUGGCGCGUUUGCUCAUUGAGCUUCACUCGAGGAAGCCGAAUGAACCGAGCAGCGAGGUUGAGAAUAUCGUUGUUCAGGCGUUGACUUCGAAUGACGACAUGGUUUACACGGAAGCGGUGAAGACGUUCCAUCGUGUUUGGAUGUUGACGAGAAACAAUUGCGAAGAGCCCGGACGAUCGACGUAUCGAAAAUCGUUCAAUCGCGCCGUUAUGAUUCUUCUUGGUGUUCUCGCUGAUGAGAGUGUGUCGAGGACGCGGCCGAAAGCGGCAGCCGCCGCGUGGUUUGCCGACUGCGCCAAACAUGAUGAUCUUCCCAAGAUUGUUCAGAUGCUCUCCACGAUGCUUCUGAAUCCGGUGACGGCGAGAAUCUCCAUUCAAUACCUUCGACAGGAAUCUAAACUCACAUCGGAGACUUGCAGCUCGCUUCCUAGUGGAAUGUCGGCAGUCACAUUGAUUACCACUGAUGGCAAACAGAGAUUGUAUCAUUUGACGGGACCAUCUUGUGCUGAUAGCACAUCGUGGAUCACUGAUGUUCGAAAUCGAUUGUUGAUGUCCUCUUGUGAGGAUGAGCAGCUUCCGGAGAAUCAGCGGCACGUGAGCCCGUGUCCGGUAGUCGCUGACAUGCCGAAUUUUGACGACGACACGGAUUCGCUGGACACGCUCUCGCUGAAUGAGAGCGUUGAGACGGCGGUGUUUGAGACAUUGGUCUCGAUUCUCGACACACUUUGUGAAGACGAGGAAUCGGAGAGCGAGACGAGACAGAGGCUGAACACGAUGCUUGUCGCGAAGCCCAUUGAGCCGACUGGAGAAACGUUCAAUUUGCAAAGCGAGGAUGUUGUGACUGAGAAGGAGGAGAAGCCGGCGCCGAUUUGCUAUCCGGUGAUUCGCAUUAAACGCGGACAUCGUCGGCAAGACUCGCUUCAGGAGAGCAUCUUCAACAUGACCGAGAAGGAUUUGAGCGCAUUCGACACAUCCGAGAUUCUGCGACCGUCGACAGAUUCGACGAAAGCGGUUGCGGUGAAUGCAGGAACUGUGUCGUCAACGACGUCGACGAAUGGAACCUCGUCGUCGCCGCUGUUCGAGGAUCUUCACAUUCAUAUGCUUCUGUACGGCGAGAGCGGUAAAGUUGUUGAUUUGGCCAGAGCCGAGACAGCGUUCAGAAUUCUGUCGGCGUUGUUGGCGCCGCGCGGAGCGUCGUCAGGACAUCGGAUGCUUCUCAAUUGUCUCGUAUCAUCUGGAACUGCGGCGAGCACGUCGCCUGAAGAGGCUUCACUCGUCGAAUUGCUCACCAGACACGUUCGAGCCAUUCUCGGUCAGCACUUUUGGUCAUCGCCACUUGUAGAAGACGAUAAGCAUCGGCAUCUAACUCUUCUUGAGCUUCUGAUUACGAUUGCCCUCCAUUACCUACGAUCAUAUUUUUUGAAUUCGCCGAUAUCGCCGGUCACCGAUGCGGAUCUUGAAGCGCUUUGGAAAUGCAAGAUCUCGGCGCUUAAAUUUUUGACGGAGCUCAUUCGCGAGCUCGCUUCCAUGAUCAAUGAGCAAGAGUCGAAGCAGAUUGUGAUGUUUGUGCAGAGCAUUCUGACGAGAGCCAAACUUCAAAAAUGCAUUUUGCACCUUUUGCUGACUGCGGUUGAUCAUGAUCCGACGGAUCGCAAAUCGAUCAAUGGGAAUAAGCCGCUGUCGGUGUCGAUCAGCGAGUUCAACGAAGGAUUGAUUGGCGAGAACGCCAGACAUCGACUGGCCCCGCUUCUUGAUGAUUACCAUCUGGCGCUUCUUUCGUUGACUGCCCACACGAUUCGAAUCGAAAGCGACAUCAAGAAUGGCUUCAUUGCCUUUAGUGAUGGAAGCUCGGCGUUAUAUAGCCGCGGGAUAUCGCUGAAUCAGAGUCUGUACAAUCACUCAUUCAACCGUGCGUCUAGUCGCGAGCCGCAUGCAUCACUUGUCGAGCUCCGAGCAUUCUUGCUCAUUCUUCUCGGCGCAUUGAAGAAGCAGCCGCAGCGGCACGAGAUGUGGAUGCAAUUUGUCAUACAAAUUCUACCCUGGAUGGAUCGAUCGCUCGCCACAAUUGUGUGUCGUGUCGUUGAGCAGCUUUGCAAGAAUAUGGAGAAUGCGAUGUGUGUUGCGUAUGAGCCGCCGCUCACGUGCGACAUUGUCAUUGAUUCGCCGGGCGACCGAAGCGUUGAUCCCGAAUCCUAUCCGGAUAACUAUCUGGCGACGACGCUUGAAUCACUAACCACCCUUGUCCACUUCUGCGUUAUCGAUGGAGCAUCGUCUUCUUCUGUGACCGCUUCGACGACAUCAGCGAUGACUUCGCAUCAAUCCGCGUCGACGCCGGGAUCGUCAAGUGUCGUCGGGCACGCGAUGUCAGUGAUACCGGGAUCGAAAGUCGCGACGGAGUUGUUCUCAACCCUUGGCAAGGUGUUCUCACUGAGCGGCGAUAAUGGAGGCGUUGGACUUGCGAAGAUCGAGAGCAGUCGGCAGAAUAGCAAUGGAUGGCGACAGGCGCAAUCGGACAUGCUCAGCGCGCUUCCGCACUCGUUGGCGACAGUUUGCAAUGUUUGGACGCUGGUUCGGACCAAUCAGACGCCGAUGGUGCCCGUCGGAACGACAUCGCAGCUUCGCAAACUUGUCGUCAGAUUGUUGUCGCCGAUCGCUGAGAAUCACGAGCACGGAUUCUUGACAUCGUUGGCUCUUGUUUGGCUUACGAGGUCUACUGUGAAACCGACGGCAAUUCGAAAGCAUGAUCCUGAUAAGGCGACGUUUGACUACUCGUCGGCUCAAUUGGACAUCACCAAUCUUCUUUUGAAUCUAAAAGUGAUCAAAUUUGAGGAUUUGAUCUCGUCGGUGAACGCGACUCUUCGUGAAGCUUCACUCAAAGCCAGCAAGGUCGGAAUCACCAUUGACAAGACGAAUUUCCCUACCGAGGAGCCCCUUCUCGAAUUGGUCCAUUCGUGCAUCUCGGUGGUGCCGCAAUCGCAGCUCCAACUCUGCUGGCCGUCGCUUCUUUCGUUGUUCUCCGAAGCGCCGCUGUCGUCGUUGAGCCCGCGAGCCGUCUUCUUGCUCUUUGUAAUUCUCAGCGAUUUCGUCAAAUAUGUCGGCGGAGCAUACAUUGUUGAAGAUAAGGCGAUGUAUCGGAAUGUGCAGGAUGUUUGCGCGAAGCUCGCCGAGUCGGUGAACGCGAUUGUCGGCUGGCAACUCGAGACGACGACGUGGCUCAAGAGGACGCUUGUUGUCAAACAGGAUCAUUCCAGUGGAGUCAGCAUUCGUUCGGUCGAUCAGAGUCCGAUUGUUGUGAAUGCGACGAGCAUCUCGCUGGCAUCGAAUAUUUCUACGGCUUCCGAAUCAACUAGAAACUCGACACUUUCCUUGAUGAACAAACCGACAUCGCUUGACGGACUCUCCACGACCACCACGCUUACAGAAGGGAGGAAUGAUAAGAAGAGCUCGUCGAAUUUGAGGGCUUCGAUCAAAGAUACGAAUAAUAACAAACGGGAUCCGGCGCAUAGUACGCAGGCGUUGUUUUUGCUCGCCGAGCGUCUCACCGAUCUUCUCGAUUCGGUCAGCAAAAGCGAUGAGAAGGACAAGGUGCUGCCGAUUCUGCACGCGGUUUGGGCGAAUGUCGUUCCAUAUUUGAAGGCGAAGAAUGCGAGGAACGCGCGAUUCUUCCUUGCUUCCUCGCAACUAUUGGCAUCGAUGAGCUCUUAUAUGUAUAUGCGGCCGGUUUGGAAGAAAACCACACUUGAUCUGCUUUUAGACUCUUCCUUCUUCAAAAUGGAUAAUCAGGCAUUGAAGUAUUGGCUAAUUGUCACUGAUCACCUGAUGACUCAAGAUCGAACGUCUUUCAAGGAUUUGCUUAAAAGUAUAUCGUAUUCGCCGAACACCUCAUUCAACAUCAUGUCGUCGAAAGAGCAAGAGUAUGAAGCUCGUGCUCAAUCGCUGAAACGGCUUACUUUUGUGGUAUUUGGAUCGCAAAUGGAUCAGUACCAUCCGCAUAUGAAUGAUAUUCAAGAACGCUUAUCGGACAAUCUGAGAGUGUCGCAAUCGCCGGUCAUCCGCGCCGCGGUAUUCCUAUGUAUUCGAGUGUUGCUUCUCCGAUUGAAGCCGCAAAGUUUGAUCGGAGUUUGGCCGAUAAUGGUCACUGAGCUGGUGCAAGCCCUAUCGCAACUUGAGCAGCAACUCCAGCUCGCAAUCAAUGGAAACGGCAACGAGGAGUUCUCGGGAUCGCGCGAAGAUCAAUGGAUGCAUAUGUAUCUGGCGUCGUGCAAGCUUCUCGAAACGCUGUACACACUGCCGGCUGGAUAUCUGUCGAAUUUCCAACGAUGCCAUUUUGCUUUCGUCUCGUCGGUGGCAUCGGACAAGUCGAAUGUGUUCAAGCCGUUUGCUGAACGCAUCAAUGAUCUUCUUGUGAAAAGGUAUGGCGAACUCACACGAGAAUCGAUGACGAAGUACUCGGCCUCGCUGAAUGGCAUCAAAAUUCUGACGUCUUUCGAAGAACUCCGACCGUUCUUCUUCACACUUGCCAAUUUGAACAAGUCGAUUCCGCGCAACGAAAAUUGCCUACGCGACGCUCAUGUGCUGUCGGGAAGCCUUUCGCAUGAGCACGCGGUGACGCGGCUCGAAAAUGCGCUCUACGUCGAUUUCUCGGAGCACCUUCAAUUCUAG